AGAGGCUGUUUUAUACCUCACUGACACAGGUCUCUGCUCCUGACAGGUUAUAAUCUAAAAAGAAAUUAACAUGGCAUUUAACAAUCACAGGAUUUUGAAAGUGAUCUGCAUUCUUUCUGUGAGUACAACCUUGCUUGUUCUCUUGAAGAACCAUCUAGAACAAAGGACAAAUUGUUCUCAUAAAAAAGAGCCGGUCUUGAAUCACUUACUAAAGCACGAUGUUGGAGAACUACAGGCUUGUUCUGCUAUUAUCCAAGGAGACAUGGACGGAGUGGACAAGGACAUUUUGAGGAAUCUCAUGAACUCGAAAAAAAGAAAAUCCCUGCUAUCAGAGUCAUUCUAUCUCAACGCAACCAAGGACUGUCCAUCUUUCGUCCGAGACAGAGGGUUUCUGACGGUUUCUCUCAGUAAAGAGGAGAGAGAUUUCCCCAUUGCUUACUCCAUGGUGAUCCAUGAGAAGAUUGAGAUGUUUGAAAGGCUCUUAAGAGCCAUUUACACUCCUGACAAUGUGUACUGUGUUCAUGUGGACCAGAGGUCUCCUGAGAUCUUUAAAGAAGCAGUUAGGGCCAUUGUGUCCUGUCUGACCAACGUGUUUGUGGCCAGCAAACUGGAGAAUGUGAUCUACGCUUCGUGGUCUCGAGUUCAAGCGGACAUCAACUGCAUGCAGGAUCUGCUCAAGUCACCCGUCCAGUGGAGGUAUCUGCUUAACACCUGUGGCACUGAUUUCCCCAUUAAAACCAAUGCUGAAAUGGUUCAGACUCUAAAACAACUGAACGGGAUGAACAGUUUGGAGUCAGAGGCUGUAGAGUCUAAAAAGGCGCGCUGGGAGUAUCAUCACAAUGUUACGAACGGUGUGAUUCGGACCGACAUUAGAAAGUCACCCCCGCCAAUUCAGAGCCCUAUGUUCUCAGGAAAUGCUUACUUUGUGGUUUCAAGAGAGUUUGUGGAUUACAUCUUUAAAAGCAAAGAGACUCAAGAUUUCAUGGAAUGGGAGAAAGACACAUACAGUCCAGAUGAGCACAUGUGGGCUACGUUACAGCGGAUGCCUUCAGUACCGGGAUCAAACCCUCCGAACAGAAAGUACGAGCAAUCGGACAUGAACGCAAUUGCUCGUCUAGUGAAGUGGAGCUACCAUGAAGGAGAUAUAAAAAGUGGGGCUCCCUACCCACCAUGCACUGGGACACACAGACGGGCGGUGUGUAUUUAUGGAGCUGGGGACUUGAAAUGGGUUUUGAAGCAACACCAUCUUUUGGCAAACAAGUUUGAUCCAGAAGUAGAUGAUGUGGCUAUAAAAUGUAUGGAGGCUUUUUUAAGGUACAAAGCUAUUUAUGGCCGAUCUUUACUAACAGUUGAAAAAUCGGACAUAAUUUUAUGAUGGCAGUAGUGAUAUCUUCAAAAACUGUCAACUGUCAUUGUCAAUAUAAUUUAUUUAAUUGGAUAGAAAUGAUGUAAGAAAAUAUUUUCUUUUAUGGUAUAGAUAAAUUGAUCCAUACCACCAAUGUAAAAUAAAUCGUCCUAAAUUUUUGUCACUCUACCCAUAAAAGCAUAUUUACAUACAUUGUUUUCAUUUUUGGAUUGGAUUCAUUUUUGCAUUUAAAUGGAUAACAUUUACAGAUGUA